AUGUUUUGGUUAAAAUUCAAUUAAUGAAAUUAAAUAUAUUCACAGGUUGCCCAGUUGUAGAUGAAUUGCUUGGUAUGCUUACUCGAACCAAGCAACCAAAAGGAACUAUUGGUAUAAUAGUGAGCCUCUUUAUGGAUAGCUUUACUUUUGAUGCAAUAGAUGCGGUACUAGAGAUAGCAGAACCACCAGAACUAUUGGAACUAUUGGAACAACUACUUAAAUAUUCCAUCAUUGUGACUGAUGUAGACUGA